CAGCUGCUGCAAACACACAACCCUGGAAACUGUCUGGGCGCAGUUCGAGAGACGAGGCUCAUAUAGACCUCACAGCUGACUAAAGAUUUCCCCUAACGAGGUUUCCUGCUGCACAAAACACCAACUUGCCUGCUGCUCAAAUCUGAUGGCCAGUUCGAAGCGUUUGGGUUCGAAGCUGUUUCCAAGUACAAUGAGCUAUCGGAGGAGGAGGCGUGCACAUAUUACUACUUUGACAGGUUCAAGAUGAAGCUUUACAACAAUAAGGAGCUGACGUCAGAUAUCAGCAUCACGGACGCUAACGGAAAGAGCCAGCUGGCCGUGGACGUGUUCGCCAACUCCCUGACCUUCAUGAAAAAGCAUCUCCUGCGGGCCAUCGGCACACACCUGGGCUACGACCCUCACCCUGACACAGUCAGGUGGGUGCUCACGGUGCCAGCCAUCUGGGACGAGAACGCCAAGCAGUUCAUGAGGGAGGCUGCACAUAAGGGCGGCCUGAUUGAGAAGCCCAAUAGUGAGCAGCUGGUCAUUGCCCUGGAACCUGAGGCAGCCUCUUUGCACUGCCGGAACCUGCCGGCCACCGACUUUGUGGGUUACAAGGACAGUGGAUCUGCCACGCCAAGCUUCGAACCUGGGACCAAAUACUUAGUUGUGGAUGCUGGAGGUGGGACUAUAGACGUGGUUGCCCACAAGAUCAGAAAAGAUGGGCGUAUCAGAGAACUGUUCCGUGCCACUGGGGGUGCUUGGGGCGGCACCGUUAUAGACAGACAGUUCCAGAACCUUCUGGAGAGUAUCUUUGGCAAGGAAUUCAUUGAAACAUUCCAGAAAGAGUAUCCAAAAGACUUUGUGGAGCUGUUGCAGGAUUUUGAGAUAAAAAAGAGAGGAGAGUGCGAUAGCAUCCGAGUUUCACUUCCCUACAAUUUUUGUAACUUUAAACAUAACGGAGUCAGUGUUCAGCAAGCUAUUAAGACUUUUUCAUCGGAGAUAGGAGGAAGUGACAUAAAAUUUUCUUCUGGGAAACUCGUGAUGUCCUCGACAAAAGUUAAUGAGUUAUUCAAGGAUGCACUGGAUCAAAUUAAUGACCAUGUGGCAUCGCUGCUUCAGAGACCGAAAUGUAAAGAUCUGCAGCACAUAUUCCUGGUUGGUGGCUUCGCGGAGUCCACCCGUUUGCAGAGUUCUCUCCGUGAGAAAUUUGGAGAAAGAGUCACCAUCCUCGUGCCGGAAGAAGCGAGUCUGUCCGUUGUGAAAGGAGCUGUGGCGUUCGGUCACGACCCGAGUGCUAUCUGCCAGAGAAUCUGCCGCUUCACGUACGGUGUCGGGAGUUAUCUUCCCUUUGAAGAGGGCGUUCAUAGAGAUGACCUCCGGGUGAAUUCUGACGGGAUGGAUUUGUGCAAGCAUAUCUUCCAGACGUGGGCAGAGGCUGGCGAGGUCAUAGGUUACAAUGAAAUUUGGCGGGAGACAUACACGCCUAUCAUCAACAACCAGCGAGGCAUCAUCUUUGAGUUCUUUCGAUCAUCCAACAAAAAAGUUCAGUACACAGAUGAGGAGGGGGUGGAGAAGUGUGGGUUUCUUGUGGUUGAGAUGCCGGAUCCCACUGGAGAUCGAGAGCGAGCUGUUGACCUUGAAGUGACCUUUGGCGGAACAGAGAUCAAGGUCGUAGGCUAUGACCACACAAGUACAACCAGGCAUGAGACGUAUAUUGACUUUUUGUCUACAUAAGGAUUCUUAUUGCUUUGUAAUAUGACAAAGUUCAACAUCUUUGUAACUGCUGUGGCACUCUUCUACCCUCGUUAUCAUGACUCCAUAUAUUCGAACACAUGACUGUUUAGAGCUUAGUGUGCAAUGUUCAACCAACACUUUAUUUGGAAGACAAGGCAAUACCCCUCCCCCCCCCCGUUCUUUUUUCCCCUGAAUCUUUUGCCUUUUGCUUUUUGCAAACUUACAUUUCAUCACACACACACACACAAAAUGUGAGGUGGCGUCGGUGGCCGCCUUGUGGUUAGGCAACCGGACCUGUAAUCGUGAGAUUGUGGGUUUGGGGGAUCGAGCCUCUGCUCGGUCCGACGUUGCGUUCUUAAGAAAGGCACUUUCCCAGAAUUUCUUAAUUGUCUCCGGUUCUUUCGGAGAUGAACGUUACAUUUGGAGGUCCCGCUUCUUAAGUAACCUAAAAGUGUUGAUAAGGGUGUUGAACCUAUAGGCUCCCAUUUCACAUCUUUCAAGAAAUGUGAACCAGUGUUUACAGCAUACAUAGAGUCUUAAAAAAUAAGGCUAAAAUAGGCUUGUUCCUCUGCCACACCUUUAAAAUUACUUUAUAGCUGGUUGUACACUUAUGCGCCUCUCUUCUGAUUCUGAGGGGUUUGCUAUCUGGGGCAAAGAUAAAGGGCCUGGUUUUUCAGAGUUUCUGUCCACUUGGCACGACCUUUAUUAAUGGCCGAAUCAAAUAAUAAUACGUUUGUUUUUGUGGUCACAUCAGGUCCAACUGAGGAGGACAUCAUUUUCAAAAUUAGAACAAAAGUGUAGCUUGUUUUCUUUCUUUUCUUCUUCUUUCCAGACUCUUGUCUGCAAAUUCAUCUUCCCCUCCCCAUCAAUUCCACCAAUCGUUGUCAAACCACCCCAUUCCCGUCCGCACACAAAUCAAGUCUCUCUAAAAAUUGCCUUGUAUUUUUUGCCUUGUCUAGUUAUGUUAAAUGUUAUGUUCUGAUCAAUUUUUAUUUAAUACAAAGCCGUGCUGCUAUGGAUGUGAAUGCUAUUUAGUGUUCCCCGCAUUAACCGCUUCAUAUGCCCUAAGUCUUUAGCAGGAAGUCUGUCGAGAAGUAGACAUACAGACCAGAUACUUAGGUGCAAAGUAACUUUUAUUUCUAAUAUAAAGUAGGAAUUGGUAACAUUAGAACAAUACAACCCAUCUUCUCAGUGUCGUUAACACAGUAUGCUCAUAGAAGGAAGGGUCUGCCACCCUUAAGGCUGAGCUAUGGAAAGAUUGAAAAUUAUGAAAGAAUUCGAUUUUUAGUAGAUGUGCAGGGGUCACUCAGGUUCAAUAUCUAGCCUCACCGUAAUGUCAGAAUAUCUAGAUUUGGGGGGUCUAAGCCAUUCACUCCUCCGGCUCAUUCUGUGAGAAGCUCUUUCCAUUAGAAACAAUCACAGCAACAGCAUAAUCGACAACGUUGUUAACAUCAUCAUCAACAACAACAACAACAGCAACAACAACAACAACAACAACAACAACAACAAUAACAACAGCUGCAGCAACAACAACAGCAACAGCAACAACAACAGCACUCAUCUUCCACAUCACAUCCUUAGUCUCAACCACAAGUUCAUGCAUCUGGAACUGACAGUAGGCUUAUUAUAAUGUCAUCACUGGAAUAAUAAAAAUCUUCAUGCCUUGUUUCUAGCUGCAAAAAAGCCAGCUUUAUCGAAAGCUUCCAUAUUUUGACUGUUUGACAUGAUACUGACAGUAUUUUCUAUGUCAUCACACUGCCCUCAGCUCUACACUUUUAAUCAUUCGCUGCUAUAGACUAUUAAUAUGUGCAAGUAUACUACUUUUCCUACUGCCGUUUUAGAUGAUGAGUAAAAAUCAGAAGGGAUGUACUUGUUCACCCAGCUAUAUUUAGAAUAUAUUCUAUUUUUUCAUACAUAUUGCGUGAUUGCCUUUCUUUCAUGUAAAGAACCAUUGCUACUUUUUGGUCUUACCACCAUAUUAUUUGUUAUCUAAGCUAGGCCUACACGUGAACUAUACAUGUACAAUGUGUGAGAGAGAUAUGAAUGUUGCAAUUUAUUCUUUAAAAAGGAUCACUUGACUAUGGUUCUCCUUUCAAUACAAGCGUCAAUGUGUACACUUCCC